UUGUCAUCUAUAAAUGCUACGAUAUCGAGGCGAUGAAGGAGGUAAUAGACUGCGGUGCGCGUACGUCGAACAGUCAAUGCGACACUGGGCGCUGCCGUCAAAUUCGAGGUCAUGACCCCGAGGACCCUGUAAAGCUCGCAUUUGUACAGGAAGGUCCAGGAGGAUCUUCGUUUCAUACCUUCAUCAUGGCUGGAACAUUGACUUUGUCGACCAAGACGUCGCCCUUUCCUUGGGCAGCGGCAGCGAUCGCGACUUACACUGAAAAAGCCGAGCUCUCAUUCGAUGAGAGUGCUUCUGGAGUGACUUUAGAUUUCGAGGGAUCCAAGAUCACCGACGAGGCAGAGAUCGUGCGGACGUUGGCCAAGGCCGGAGGAUUGUCUGAUGAGAGCACGAAGACUCAAACCUACUUCGAGCUUGCAAAGACUCUCCCGAAAGUCACUGCUGUACCAGCUAUACUCACCUCUUUGGACUCGCUCGAUGAUUAUCUUGCAUUCCGCACAUUCCUUGUUGGCCAUGACAUCACAGCGGCCGACUUCAUCGUUUGGGGCGCUUUGAAGGCCAGUGUCAAGCUCAUCGGACUGCUUAAAAACAACAAGCACGUUCAUCUCAGCCGAUGGUACUCCUACAUCGAAGCGCUCGACUCUACUCAGCUCGCUCAAACCAGCUUCAUCGAGGCAAAAGCUAGCAAGGCUCGCAGUAACAAAACUGCAGCUUCGUUCGCGCUCGGUUUGCAAAAUGCAAAGGAGGGCGAAGUCGUUACUCGUUUCCCACCUGAGCCAAGCGGUUACCUUCACAUUGGACACGCAAAAGCUGCAAUGCUCAACCAAUACUUCGCCAAAAUGUACAAGGGCAAGUUGAUCAUUCGUUUCGAUGAUACCAACCCGACAAAAGAGAGGACUGAGUUCGAGGAGACUAUUCUCGAGGAUCUUUCCCUUCUCGACGUUCACGGCGAUAUUCUUACGCAUACCUCCGAUUACUUUGACAAGCUCUACGAGCUUGCACUCCAACUGAUCAAGGAGGGCAAGGCGUACGCCGAUGAUACCGAGCAGGCUCAGAUGCGUGACGAGCGCUUCAAGGGUAUCGCUUCCAAGCACCGAGACGAUGGCGUCGAGGACAACUUGAAGCACUUUGCGGAGAUGAAGACUGGUUCCGAAGAAGGGGUUCGAUGGUGUGUGCGUGCAAAGAUGAGCGUAGACAACCCUAACAAGGCGCUGCGUGAUCCCGUCAUUUAUCGAUGCAACCUCCUACAUCAUCACCGUACCGGCGAUAAAUGGAAGGUCUACCCGACAUACGACUUCGCCUGCCCCGUCGUGGACUCAAUCGAAGGUGUUACUCAUGCCCUGAGGACGAACGAGUACCGCGAUCGAAACCCGCAAUACUAUUGGAUGAUCGAGGCUCUCGGUCUUCGACCAGUACACAUCUGGGACUUCAGUCGUCUGAACUUUAUCUACACACUCCUAUCAAAACGUAAGCUUCACUGGUUCGUGGACAGCGGUCUUGUCCGCGGAUGGGAUGAUCCUCGUUUCCCCACUGUGCGCGGCAUUCGUCGUAGGGGUUUGACUGUCGAGGCUCUUCGUCAGUUCAUGUUGGCACAAGGACCUUCACAAGCUAUUGUCUCCCUCGAGUGGGAUACCCUUUGGACUCUCAACAAGAAGAUCAUUGACCCUAUUGCACCGCGAUUCUGGGCUAUCGAGAAGGAGGGAAUGUAUGUCUUCAGAUCUGUAUUCUUCGACUUGCACGUUUCUGAUACGCCUUUCAAUAGAGUUCCUGUUAAAGUGAACGGCGGACCAACGACGCCUGAGGUCAAGACCCUGCCUAAGCACAAGAAGAACCCUGAUGUUGGCGAGAAGAAGACUGUGUUCGCGUCCCAACUUCUUAUUGAGCAAGAGGAUGCUCUCUCCUUCGAGGACCAGGAGGAGGUCACUUUGAUGGACUGGGGCAACGCCAUCGUCCGCAAAAAGAAUCUUGAUGACUCCGGAAAGGUCAUCUCAAUUGAGGUAGACCUUCACCUCGAGGGCGACUUCCGCAAGACCAAGAAAAAGAUCACCUGGCUCGCAGCUCCCACUCCCGAACACCCACUUAUAGACGCUACCCUCCUCGAUUACGACUACCUCAUCACCAAGAAGAAGUUGGAGGAGAACGAUGAACUCAAAGACUUCGUCACUCCCGAAACCGAGUUUCGCGAGGAGGUUUACGCUGAUGCGAACAUUGUUGACCUCAAAAAGGGUGAUAUCAUUCAGUUUGAGCGGAAGGGGUACUACAUAUUUGACGGAAAGUCCCAGGACGGCAAGCCCGAGUUCAUUCAUAUUCCUGAUGGACGUGCGGCGAGUAUUGCUAGCAAGGCGGGAUCUACCGCUGAUACUCCAACCCCCGCAAGGCAAGCCAGGGCCGAGGCGAAGAAGCUUGAGAGUAUGAAGCCCACGUCGGACACUCCGGUUGAUACUAAGAUGUACCAGAUUCCGCAGGUAUAUGGUGACUUGAAAUCGGUUGAGACCCCGGUGGAGACUAAGAUGUACAAGACGAAUAACAUAUACGACUCAUAGAUCCAUGUAGAAUAGGCGUCGUAUCACUGUAGAGAUUCCGUAGCUGUUUAGUUGCCAAACGAUGGUGUCGAUGAUUUUUCUUUUGUGGCCUGCAUCAUGAUGUUUGUAGGAGCGGUUUUGGUUAGUCAUCGACAUCGGCCAAGGAGCCUCCGGCGUAACAUGCUAGAUUAACAUCUAUGGUCACAAAUUUAUGGUAUUUGCCUUUCACAAUCAAUAUCGGAGCUUCGUGAUCCAUUUUUUGAACUGGCGGGGAAUGUGUACAUUGAUUGA